ACACUUGUUCUCUUCUGAAAGAACGGAUUUCAACAAUGGAUGAUAUUAUCAGCUUUAAACAUAAUCAAACUUCUGGUACUUUACCAUUAACUAAUAUAAACCUCUAUUCUUAUGGGGAUAAAUUAAAAAUACCAUUUUUUUCUUCAUCUUUUCAUUCGAAUAAAACUUUAGAUGAGAGUUUAAAAAGAUUAGAAUCUACAUCUGGCCCUUUAGUUAUCAAAGAUGGUAAAAUUAUAACAAACAAAGAUGUAAAAUUAACAAGCAAGUUUCCCUGCUAUAUCUUACUUUGGCCAAAAGAUGGGAAAAGUGAUUUAAAGUUUGGUCAAGGGUUUUAUUAUGGGUCCAACUUUAUAAUGACAGCCAAACAUGUUAUAAAGGAUUACAACAAUUUUAAUAUAUAUGCCCUUUUUUUUCCAACUUAUACGUUGUUAAAUAUGUGUUUAAUAUUUAAAUGUUAUAAUACCUUACCUAACCUUUAUAACAGGCAUUUUAAAAACCAAGAUAUUGCAAUAAUUCAAUUACAAGGAUCUUCAGAUCUACUACAAUACAUGCAAUUAGAAAUAGGUGAGUUAAAUGAAAAUGAGGAGCUAUAUUUUUACAAACUAGAGUGUGGCUGUUUUGUAAGACAGAAAUGCACAAUUUUAAAAAGCCCACAUUUAUACAUAAGGGAGAAAAUGUAUGAUAAUGAAUUUGUUAUAUCUAAAGCAGGCAAAGAAGGAGACAGUGGGACACCUAUUUUUUCAAGCUCUGGCAUUUGUGUUGGAUUAUAUUUUGGUGUUUUCACUGAAAAAAGAUCAUUAAACCCAGUGGAAUAUGGCAGAGCUUUAAAAUUUGACAGAAAUGUUUUUAGAAAUAAUUGUAUUAUUAAUUUUUUUUCUUCUAUCCCUACCCUUCCCAUUUUCCCCAAUGUAAUUAAUAAUUUAUCUUCAUUGUUUUAGAGAAAGAAAAUAUUUAGAGAUUUAAAUAAUAGGCAAAAUAACAAUCUAUUUAAAUAAGAUUGAUUUAAAUAAUAUUAAAUAAUAAUAUUUAAGUAAGAUUUCUAUAAUGCUAUUGUUAAAUAAAAAACAUUUUAAUAAAAUAAUAACAUAUUAAAAAUAUAUCUAUACAAAACUAAUUGGAAAUACAGAUAUAUUUACAGUCUUUCUCAGAUUGCUCAUGCAUCUUACAACAUCCCUUAAAGCUGAUGGGUUAAAUCUGGUGUGGUAAAUAAGGGAAAUAUCUAGAAUGUUUAGGUGUAGAGUUGGUGGUGGAGGUGGCAGGUGUUGGAAUGAGAAACCCAUUAAAACAUCUAUUAUCAAUUGGUAGUGAGGGAACUGUAACAUAACUAGCAGUUCUCAUAUAGCAAAUAAUAUUGUCCAUUGUCCGCAACUACCCGGAGAGAGAGUGUGUGUCUUCCCACAAAAAAAACCCUUGUGUCGUAUGUUGGUCUGGAGCAGAGGAAAUCUUCAUCAAGCUGAUGCAAGAAUGGUCUUGAAACCGUGGUCUCUUCAACAGUUAUUAUUCAAAUGACCUUCACACUGCAUACGUCACUUUUGGGUCAAGUUACAUUCAGACAACCUCUCUUCGUUAAAUUACAAGUCAUACCUGCUGAAAAGCAAGAAAAGCAACAAUUAUACCUUUAAGCAACGCCAGGAGAGAAAGUGUGUCUUGACCGAUGCAACAGAGCAUGACAGCCUCUGCAGCUCACAGCAUCGCUCUGUGCCAUGAGACCAUCACUUCUAAGUCAAGUCACAAACUGAUUAUCUUUCCUUGAAUAAUAUUGUUUUUUCGAUUAAAUAAAUUUUGAACACUGC